AUGCUGUUCAUGUUUCCUUGGCAAAGGGGUCCAGUGCAAAAGGGUCCACUCACUACAGCACCGAGAGAUCCAUUCUCAAUGGAUCGAGCAGCUCUCACGUCACAUUGCCCGCCUGGCACAUCUCUCAGCCCAGCACCAACGUGGACGCGGCCGCCAGCAGCAACACUGGCACCGUGGACGCGCUGUGGACUGCAGCUUGGGAUGCUGACUUUGGCAGCCUUUCAAGGAUCAGGCUUGUUACCUCGAUGUCAUGCACGUCUUGCAACGUCCAAGUGGAAACGCUCCCGGGUCACGAGGCCCUCUGCGCAGGGGGUGCCGGAGGAUGCUCGUGCCCUGCUGCUGUUUUGGUUUGGCCCAGAGAUCUUCGAGGCGCCCCAACGAAUGAAUGAACUUGAGUACCUCCGUGCUCGCAAGAAGAUGUGGUACACCAGUGGUGGCAAGUACGACGAGGCCUCCAGACAGUUUCUGCCAAUGCUUCGGCAGUAUGAUGCUUCCAAAGAUGAAUGGCAGGAGGAGGGGUCAGACCAACUUCAGUUGGCCAAAGUGGUGCUGUUCGAUCAGAUCCCGUGGAAUGUUUUCAGAGGCACAUCUGAUGCCUUUCGCUAUGAUGAAAAAGCAUGUGCCGCCAGCGAGGUUCUGAUCGACAGUGAUUUCUCCCGCCGGUGCUCUGCAGCUGAGCUGCUUUGCAUCGUCCAACCGUUCGUGCAUGCAGAGGGUCCCGGAGAUUCCCGAGUACAACAUGCCAUUCACAUUUUGCAGAAGAACAUGCGCCGAUUUCCGGAAGAUGCUUCCAACAUGCUGUUUCAGGCUAUCCUCUCCCACGACGCCCACGGCCGGGUCUUGCGCACCUUCGGGCGGUACCCGCACCGGAACACGCUGCUGGGGCGCCGCAGCAGCCCGGAGGAGCUACAGCCAGAAAGGGCUGGAGAUGGAUCUUUGCACAGCAAGUCUUUCGCUCAUACAGACAAGGGAAUGUACUUCAUGGGCAUGACGCUGAUGAACUACAAGUCGGCCCCUUCUAACCAGCCAUGGAUCGAAUUGAGGCAUCCUCAGAAGCUUCGUUGGUCGCAGGGAUGCGGGGUGCUGCGUCUCAAGGCCGGAUUUGGACAAGACCCACCAAGCCCGGCCCCAGAUGGGAAGAAGGUCUUCUUGCCCGAUAUCCGGGGACCUCAAGACCUGGAGAUCAUCGUGCCCUUUUUGUCCGAAAACUCCAAACCGACGAAUCCAACGACGACAGUGACGGACGUGAACGCCGCCACGGUGCGCCUGCCACGCCUGUGGCGUCGAACGGCCGCGCUGCUACGCCACCUGGCACCGCAGAGCACUUCUGCAGGAGGAGGCCUUGUGAAGGCUGCUCAGGCGGGGGACAUCGCCAAGUGCCAAGAAGCGGUGGCGAAUGGUGCAGAUGUCAAUGCCAGAGAUGAGUUGGGCUACACGGCUCUCCACUGGGCGGCGAAGCAUGGGCUUUUGGAACUGUGCAAACUUCUGAGAGAGAAGGGUGCAGAACUGGAUGUCCGGUCCCAAUGGGAUGAAACCCCACUGAUCAUGGCGGCCAAAGCACAGAAGAGUUUGCCCACCUGCGAUUUCCUCGUGAGCGAAGGAGCUGACAUGCAGGCCAAGACCAACGACCGCACUGGAGCGAGGCGACGAAGACGAACGCGGUUUCCCCGCGGAGCGUCCAGCGACGCGGAGCCGGGGAAAGCGGUGCCGGUUCAGAUGGAACACCCAAGCAUUGGGGGCCAGGGUCAUUGGACACGCACCACGAACAACAGUGACCCCAUUGUCGAGGGCAUUUUUGACAGGAAGGUGGAUCCUCAUGGGGAGAACUACUCCUGGUUCUUGGUCCCGGAUGAGGACACACUUGAGAUGACCCUUGACAAGGACAAAUCUGAGGUCUAUCAGACUUUCAGCUAUGGGACCUUACUGUGGCCACGGCUCUUCAACGAUGACAUCCCUUUAGGCUGCUUGGCGAUUCGAAACGUCCACUCAUGUCCAACAGGAUGGCCACGACUAGACCGUAACAGGUAG